AUGUCCCGUCUGGUCACAGGUAGUUCUCGCUCGUUGCGCACGCUUUCGAAGAGGAGCGGUACGUUCGCUUCACGCUCGACUCGGUUGACGUCAACCAACACGACCCGAUCGCUUGUGCUUGCUGGAGUGCUCAUCCAGGACAAGGGAAGGCGUGUCGGUGUGGCUGCAUGCUUCGUCGAUGCCUGUCGGGUCGAGCUGCGUCAGUUCACCGACAACUACGCAUACGACCGCCUGGCUGUGGGCCUGGAGGUGCUGGACCCGUCAGAACUGGUGGUGCCUGAUGGAAUAGCGCUUUCCAUUCUGGCGCCGAUACUCCAGCGUGAUCAAGGGGUCGCGACUACCAGCAUAUCGGGCGACGGCAGCGGUACAGUGCAUGCGGACUCUCGUCGCGCUGUGCCGAUCCCUCGACGAUUAUUCAACGAGCAAAUCGGUCUGGAACUUAUGGAACGAUUCGCCGUGGACGCAGCCGCGAUACGUCUAAGCGCGUCACAGCCCGAGCGUGACCUCGCAACGGCAGCAUGUGCCGCAGUGUUGCAGUAUCUCGAGCACCGCGGAGAGUUGAGUUUUCGACCAAGGGCCGUUCAAUUCGUGUUCACGAAUUGUGAGGACGCGCUUUUCAUGGACUCAUGCACCGUGCAUUGCUUGGAACUGGUGGAGCGCGGCGACUCGGAAAGCGGCACCGACGCAGACAUAUCUCUACAGCGUACGCUGCGUUUCACGCAGACCGCCGAGGGCGCGCGCGCCCUGCGACGCGCGAUCCUCGAACCACCCGCGAAUCGGACCGUCAUCGAGGAGCGCCUGGAUGCCCUAGAUUUCAUGCUCAGCAAUGAUGCGAUUUACUACGAGCUUAAAGAGGCGCUUCGACAGACGCCCUCGGUCGAAAGAACGAUCGCGCAGAUUUUCCAUAUCUAUCCGCGAGCACGGGAAUCGUUGGGCAUGCAGGCGCAGUCCCAUAUUCGGGAUGCGCGCGUUCAUGGGGCGCAAUCCAUCGACCAUGUCGUCGACUUCCGCUUUGUGCGUAGCGUCUGGCAACUGAGACGGGCACUCGACAGCCUCUUUCGCAUACGCGAAGCGCUCGAUGUGUUCCUGGAAGAGCGCUCGACCCAGACCGGUACAAGGACCUUACCAGUACUUCUGGAAUGGUGCCGGAACGUUGCCCGUCUCACUGCACUGACCGAUUUGCACCAUGAGCUGGGGCGCUGUCUCGCCUCUACGACAGAAGUAGAGCUCGAGCUCGGUUCAACCGAGCGAAAUCGCUUGCAUAUUGCUUUUGCCCUGCGCGCUGGCGCCAAUCCAUUGCUCGACGCUGCGCGUCGUGCGCUGUCCGACACCGUAUCGAGCGUACAUCACCUCGCUGAGGCCACCAAGGGUCAGUUGCGAUGCCCUCGUCUGCAUGUCGCGUACAGCACGCUGCGCGGAUACCACUUUGUUUUGCCUUUGCGAGACGCUGUGCAGCAAUCGCUUACUCGCACGGAGAUCGGCGGCGUUCUCUUACGGUAUCCGGUACGUUCAGGAAAAAAACUCCUGUUCACAACCGAUGCGCUGAUUCGUUUGAACAUGCAGUACCAGGAGACGCUGGCAGAAAUCUGGCAUUUGAGCAGCAAAGAACUUUCCAAGCUGGCGGAAAUGGCAACGAGCACCGCUUCAGCGCACGCGAUCCACGAGUUUUGUGAUUGCGUGGCUGCACUGGACGUCACCCUCGCGCUGGCGACAUGUAUUCGACGAGCGCGCGACCGCAGUUCGUGUCCGUGGGUGCGACCACAAUUCCCCGACACCAAUGUCAUGGCCAUGAAGGAUGGACGCCAUUUGCUCCUGUCCCAUCUGUACGAGGCACAGCGGCGCGAUCCACCAAGACCGAACGAUGUCUAUAUAGAUGACGCUCAUAACGUGAUGCUUCUCUUCGGUGCAAACGCGUCGGGCAAGUCCGUGUACAUGAGACAGACAGCGCUCAUUGUGGUGCUCGCCCAGAUGGGGUGCUUCGUACCAGCUGCUUUCGCCUCCAUGCCUGUCUACAGCGUGCUUCUGGUGCGGAGUCGCUCUGAUGACGCUCUGGAACAUAAUCUCUCCUCGUUUGCCAUGGAGAUGCGGGAAAUCACAAGCGCGCUUCACUACAUUGACGGAGAGGCGCUCUCCAGCGCAUUAAAUCCGUUAGACCAGGAGCGCCGCAUUCACAAACUUGUCUUAUUCGAUGAAGUCGGACGCUCGACCGGCUCGCUUGAUGGCAAAUCCAUCGCCUGGGCGAUGCUCGAGUACCUUUCUGAUACGACCGCACAUAUCAUCUUUGCCACACACUUCAGCGAGCUUGCGCGGACGCAAACGUACCUUCCUAACGUCCAUGUGAUGCACCUACAGUCACGAGUGGAGAAUGGCACGCUCUAUCAUGAUUACAAGCUUGUAGAGGGUGCGCCAGCGUCUUCUCGUUACGGGGCCGAAGUUGCUGCCCAAGCCGGACUCCCCAGCGCUGUGGUCACACGCGCGUUGCAGUUUCGCGGAGUGUUCAGCGGAGAUGCCUCCACCUCAACAACGACACCUACAGCAACAGAUACUGGAAAUCAAGGAUUCCUGAGUAUCGACGACGAAACUUGGGCCCAUUGCAGAUGGUAUACCAAAGCCAACACCCUACUCCAGCGACUUGUCAUGCUCUCGUACGUGGCCACUUCACCUGAAGACCAGUGCGCAGGCGUAGCCGAACUGGCUUCGGUGUUCGCGGACUUGUUCGAGACGCCAACAGCGGUUACUCGCUAG